UCGAAGGGUUACCACCCAACAACCUGCUCCUGCUUGUGAUUGGUGGAAGUGGCCUGAGCGGGCGGGUCUGUGUUUGUGCUUGUGAGAGUUACCAGUCGAGCAAGUGCAGGCUGUCAGUGUCAGGAGGGUUUCAGUGGAGUCAGGCAGACCAGACUCUGGAAAGCAGAAGCAGCUGCGCAAACCGUCCUCUUUCAACCUCAGGACACAAAGAACUGUCUGUUCCUACACCUCUCUGCCAUCUGCUUUCUAAGGCCAGGAGGAGAAAAGAGAUUUAAGAUCAACAGACGCCGAUGAUAUUUCUCUCUCUCUCUCUUCCUACUUCCCUCUUUGUUUUUGUCUUGCAAAAUCCCUCCUGCACAGAGGAUCGAUAAUCACAGCCUCCUCUGAGGGAACCAAAGAAAAGGAGGGAUCGAAAUAAACGACAACAACAUCGGUCCUGCUGCACUGUCCCCCGAGGAGGGAGACUAAUGCAUGUGGCGCUGUACUCCGGGUCAGUGGAGGAUGAGUCCGGUCAUGGAGGCUCAGACCAUGCAGGCCAAGCAGCAGCAGACGCAGCAGCAGCUACAACACUAUCUGGAGAAAGGGGUCCCGCUUGAGCCCUUCAUGCACCAGGUGGGGGGCCACUGCUGCGUGCUGCGUUUCGGGGAGCAGACCAUCUGCAAGCCCCUCAUCCCCCGAGAGCACCAGUUCUACAAGAGCCUACCCAGCGCCAUGAGGAAGUUCACCCCCCAGUACAGAGGUGUGGUAUCUGUGAAUUUUGAGGAGGAUGAGGAGGGCAACCUGUGUCUCAUAGCAUAUCCACUGCAAAGUGACUCUGGGGUGGGGGACCUGGAGAAUAUAGACCCAUCGGUCAAUGGCGAGCCCAACAGCAAGAUGCACCAGUGGGGCAUCAAGCAUCUGUCUGCCCAGAGUCUGCUGGACUCACGCAAAGACAAGGACAAGAGUCAUAAGCUCGAGGGGGAGGUGUUGGAGUGGUUGCAGCAGGAGGAGGUGCCUGUGGGAAGCAGAAACGCCAUCCAACACAACCCCUGGAGACUCAGACUCCAACAGAAACACCUGCAGAGGAUGAAGGAGAACGCCAAGCACCGCAACCAGUACAAAUUCAUCCUGCUGGAGAACCUGACGUGGCGUCAUGCGGUUCCGUGCGUGCUGGACCUGAAGAUGGGCACGCGGCAGCACGGUGACAACGUGUCCGAGGAGAAGAAGGUCAUGCAAAUCCGCAAGUGCCAGCAAAGCACCUCUGCCUCCAUCGGAGUACGCCUCUGUGGCAUGCAGGUAUACCAGUCAGAUUCGGGUCAGCUCAUGUUCAUGGACAAGUACAUUGGGCGUAAACUGACCCUGUCGGGCUUCAAGGAGGCUCUGUUCCAGUUCUUCCGUGACGGGCGGCGUCUGCGGCGCGAGCUGCUCUCCCCGGUGCUGCUGAGGCUCAGGGAGAUGCAGGCAGCUCUGGAGGGCUGUGAGUCCUACCGCUUCUAUUCCUCCUCCCUGCUCAUCAUCUACGAUGGUGAACCGCCCCGCACACACACACGCAGAGGCCCCGAGGGCGGUCUGUCUGAGGAGGAAGAAGAGGAGGAAGUGGAGAAAGAUGAAGAGGCAAGUGCGUUUGGGUUUCCCGGCAGCAGUAGUAGUGGUAGCACUGAUGGUGGACGUCUGACAGCCCGAUCUGAUACAGGCCCUGGCCCGGCGGUGGACGUGAGGAUGAUUGACUUUGCCCACACCACCUGCCCUGACUAUGUGGAGGACAGUGUGGUGCACGAGGGCCAGGACAGUGGCUACAUCUUCGGUCUGCAGAACCUCAUCACCAUCAUAUCCCACCUGGAGGACCACUGCACAGACUAAAACACACACACACACAGUUUCUCUUCUCUCUAUUGGACUCAUAGAAGAAACAGCACACUGGACUACAGAGGCUGGCCAUAGGGGCACACUGAACAUUGCUGUAGCCAGUUUUUCCACAGGAGUCCUUCAUUUGGGUGUUUUUGUUUGUAUCCGCAAGGGAUACAAAGGGCCAUGAAGGUUACAUUUGAAGAGACAUUUGCAAUCUUCUGCAAUCUUCUUUAGUUGACUCGAGUUGUCGCCAUUAUCUGCUUACUCCGUUACCUAUUACGAAGUUGGUUAUGUUACCCAGUUAUUUAUUUAGGGAAAAAGCAACACAAGGAGGUUUGAAAUGAAGUCCAAGACUGCAAGCAUGGAUUCCAACUGUCCAAAGGUGCCUGGCUUAUGCAAGCACACACACACAUGCACUGAUUUUGAUGUGUGCUACUGAUCGGGCAGAUGUACAUGAAAAAGCAAACAGAGGAACUGAUGUAUGUUUGUGAAAUAUUAAAGUUGAUGAGAGGAAAGAGAAAACAUAAUCUCAUCUUUAUUUUUCCACCCUCUUUUCUUCUCCUUUUGCAUUCACAGAAGAUACUAUGUUAUAUUCAGAUAGCAAUUACAUUACAUACAGGGACUAUAGCUUUAUUUAUUUGACAUGUUUCUUAAAUAAAUUUAAAAUUUAAAUAAUUGUAUGUUAUUGUAUAUUAUUCAUUUUGUUAGAAUAAUAUUAAUUAAUAUUGUUAUUUGACAUGUUCAGGUACAGUUGAAGUCGGAAGAUUACAUACACUUAGGUUGGAGUCAUUAAAACUUGUUUUUCAACCACUACUGUCACGCCCUGGUCGAAGUAUUUUGUGUUUUUCUUCAUGUAUUUGGUCAGGUGUGACAUGGGUUUUUGUAUGUGGUGUGUAGCUUAGUGGGGUUGUAGCUUAGUGGGGUGUUCUAGGAAAGUCUAUGGCUGUCUGAAGUGGUUCUCAAUCAGAGGCAGGUGGUUAUCGUUGUCUCUAAUUGGGAACCAUAUUUAGGCAGCCAUAUUCUUUGGUUGUAUUGUGGGUGAUUGUCCUUAGUGUCCUGAUGUCCUUGGUCGGUGUUAGUUUACACAAGUAUAGGCUGUCUUCGGUUUUCGUUACGUUUAUUGUUUUGUAGUGUUUGUGGUUAUUCGUCUUUACGUUUGUUUCAAUAAACAUGGAUGCAAUCGA